CUCGCCUGCUAGUCUGCUACCCCUAAAAACGCACAGGAAGAAAGGGCCCACCUCACCAUCCCACGCCUCGCCGCCCACCGGAGCCGCCUCCCCCGCUUUCUGCCCUCCCGUGCUCACCCUCCUCGCCCCCGCACAGCCGGGAGACCAAAACCUAAGAGCGCGCGCGAGGGGCCGCCGCCUCGAUCCGCGAGAUGUGGCGCAGCUGCGUGUCGCGGGGCCUCAGGGAAGCCAAGGCCGCCGCCAGGCGCUUCUCCUCUAGCUCGUCCUACACGGUGGUGGAUCAUACGUAUGACGCUGUUGUGGUUGGAGCUGGAGGCGCUGGGCUCAGGGCCGCGAUUGGGCUAUCAGAGCAUGGGUUCAACACUGCCUGCAUCACCAAGCUGUUCCCCACGCGGUCGCAUACCGUGGCAGCGCAGGGAGGAAUAAACGCUGCUCUUGGAAACAUGACUGAAGAUGACUGGAGGUGGCAUAUGUAUGAUACAGUCAAAGGAAGUGAUUGGCUUGGUGACCAAGAUUCUAUCCAGUAUAUGUGUAGAGAAGCACCAAAAGCUGUUAUAGAGCUUGAGAACUAUGGACUACCAUUUUCCAGGACUGAAGAUGGGAAAAUUUAUCAACGUGCUUUUGGUGGCCAAAGCUUAGAUUUUGGAAAAGGUGGCCAGGCCUACAGGUGUGCGUGUGCUGCUGAUAGAACAGGGCAUGCUAUGCUGCACACGCUUUAUGGUCAAGCGAUGAAGCACAAUACUCAGUUUUUUGUUGAAUAUUUUGCAUUGGACCUUAUCAUGGACAAUGAAGGCACCUGCCAGGGGGUAAUUGCACUAAACAUGGAGGACGGUACCCUUCAUCGUUUCCGGUCAACAAAUACUAUUAUAGCAACAGGAGGUUAUGGGAGAGCCUACUUCUCAGCGACUUCAGCUCACACAUGUACUGGAGAUGGCAAUGCUAUGGUUGCACGUGCUGGGUUACCCCUUCAGGAUCUUGAGUUUGUGCAGUUCCAUCCUACAGGCAUUUACGGUGCUGGAUGCCUCAUAACUGAAGGUUCCCGUGGUGAAGGUGGUAUUCUCAGGAACAGUGAAGGUGAAAGGUUCAUGGAACGUUAUGCUCCUACUGCAAAAGAUCUUGCAUCUCGAGAUGUUGUUUCGAGAUCUAUGACAAUGGAAAUAAGAGAAGGGCGCGGUGUAGGGCCAUUGAAGGACCAUAUCUACCUGCACCUUAAUCAUCUUCCUCCAGAAGUUCUAAAGGAAAGGCUUCCUGGUAUAUCUGAAACUGCAGCUAUUUUUGCUGGUGUUGAUGUCACCAAAGAGCCUAUUCCUGUUUUGCCUACUGUGCAUUAUAAUAUGGGUGGGAUCCCUACAAAUUAUCAUGGGGAGGUGGUGCAUAUCAAGGGUGAUAACCCAGAUUCAGUCAUUCCUGGUCUGUUGGCUGCUGGGGAAGCAGCAUGUGCAUCUGUCCAUGGUGCAAACCGCCUCGGUGCAAAUUCCCUUCUUGAUAUCGUUGUCUUUGGGAGGGCUUGUGCAAAUAGGGUUGCUGAGAUUUCCAAGCCAGGAGAGAAGCAGAAACCUCUUGAAAAAGACGCGGGUCAGAAGACCAUCGCAUGGCUGGAUAAGCUGAGAAAUUCCAAUGGAUCACUGCCUACUUCGAAGAUCCGCCUCAACAUGCAACGUGUUAUGCAAAAUAAUGCCGCUGUUUUCCGUACACAGGAAACUCUUGCGGAAGGUUGCGAGCUGAUUACUAAAGCACAGGAAAGUUUCCAUGAUGUCAAGAUCAGUGACAGAAGUCUCAUAUGGAACUCGGACUUGAUAGAGACCAUAGAACUAGAAAAUCUGCUAAUAAAUGCAUGCAUAACCAUGUAUUCAGCUGAGGCUCGUAAAGAAAGCAGAGGAGCCCAUGCUCGCGAAGAUUUCACGACAAGAGAUGACGAGAAGUGGAUGAAGCACUCGUUAGGGUACUGGGAGGAUGAAAAGGUUAGACUAGAAUACCGGCCAGUUCACAUGAAUACCUUGGAUGAUGAAAUCGAAACUUUUCCACCAAAAGCACGUGUUUACUAAUCUGGAUAUGCCUGUCAAUGCUUCGGUUGUUUGAGAAGGGUAUAGAUCACAGCUCGGCAUUUCCUUUUGAGUUCCAAUAAAUCAGGGACUUCCCGUUCUCUUAAAGCAUCAGAAUUGUAUUUAGUCGCCAAUUGCUGAUAUGUUUUCCCUGUCUCAUGUAAACUUAUUGCAAGCUUCUGAUAUUAUAGUUUGGUCCUGUAUUGCCCUUUGGUGGAAAUAAAACACAGAUAGCAAAUUUUGAUGUUCUUUUGUGUUUCAUUUUAUUUUGACACUGUAAAUAAGCUUUUGCAUGAGCUGCAAAUGCAGUGGUUGUUUUGUCUA